AGAACAAAACAUUGCCGGCCAUUUAAUAACAAUGACAAACAAAAGAAGCAUCUUAAACAUAUCAAGAUCAAGAGAUCCUCAUUUCCUACAUUUCUACCUAUAAAUGGUAAGAAGUACUAGAACUUUUAGCUUGUACUGCAAGCCACCAUGGACUUUAUCCUCUACUCCAUCGCCGGCCUCUUCUCAUUGCUCUGCUUCGCCAUCGCUUCCCGGCGAUGGCGCCGGCGAUCACCUCCCUUACCUCCGGGACCCAUCGGCCUCCCAUUAGUCGGCAGCCUCUUCUCCCUUGAUCCCGAUCUCCACACCCACUUCGCCUCACUGGCCAAGACCUAUGGUCCCAUCUUCAGCCUUAAGCUCGGAACCAAGCUCGGCGUCGUCAUCACCUCGCCGGAGAUCUCCAAAGAGGUACUCCGAGAUCAGGACGCGAUCUUCGCGAACCGCGACGUGCCGGCCGUGGCGCACAUCAUCGCUUACUGCGCAUCGGACAUCGUCUGGACGCCGGACGGUCCGACGUGGCGGAUGCUCCGCAAGGUUUGCGUGCGCGAGAUGCUCAGCAAGGCGAGCCUCGAUGGGGUCUACGGGCUAAGGCGGCGGGAGAUGCGGGCGGCGGUGGUGGAUCUGAAGAGGAGUUGCGGGAAGGCGGUGGACGUCGGAGCUCAGAUGUUCGUGACGGUGAUGAACGUGAUAACGAGCACGCUGUGGGGAGGGAUUGUGGAAGGGGAGGAAGGGAGGAGCACGGUGGGGAAGGAGUUCAGGGAGGUGGUGGCGGAGAUCACGGAGCUUUUAGGGCAACCAAAUUUGUGUGAUUUUUUUCCGAGAUUAGGGUGGAUGGAUUUGCAAGGGAUUGAGAAGAAGAUGAAAAGGAAUUUGGAGAGAUUUGAUGGGAUAUUCAAGAGAAUUAUAUAUGAGAGGAAGGGGAAGCAAGAAGAAGAAGGGGAGGGAGGAAAAGAAAAGGAUUUCUUGGAGUUCAUGUUGAGGUUGGAGAAGGAGGGAGCUGAUGCUAAGAUUCCUUUCACCAUGACUCAUGUCAAAGCUCUUCUCAUGGAUAUGGUGGUUGGUGGAACAGAAACAACAUCAAACACAAUUGAAUGGGCAAUGGCAGAGAUGAUGAAGAAGCCAGAGAUCAUGAGAAAAGCACAAGAAGAGCUAGACCAAGUAGUCGGCAAGGACUCUGUUGUUGAAGAGUCCCACAUCCUUAAACUACCCUUCUUAGGGGCAGUAAUAAAAGAAGUCCUACGUCUUCACCCAGCCCUCCCACUCCUUGUCCCUCACUGUCCCAGCUCACCCUCCACUGUUGCUGGCUUCUCCAUCCCUCAAGGUAGCAGAGUCUUUAUCAAUGUUUGGGCCAUUCACAGGGAUCCUUCCAUUUGGGAAAAUCCACUGGAGUUUAAUCCUGAGAGGUUCUUAGGUUUGGAUGGGGGUAAGUGGGAUUACAAGGGGAAUGAUUUUAGUUACUUUCCUUUUGGGUCUGGGAGAAGGAUUUGUGCAGGGAUUGCCAUGGCUGAGAGGAUGGUUGGCUAUUCUUUGGCUACUUUGUUGCAUGCUUUUGAUUGGGAGCUUCCAUCUGGUUCUAAGCUUGAUCUUGCUGAGAAAUUUGGGAUUGUUUUGAAGAAGGCUGAGCCUCUCGUUGCUAUUCCGACUCCUAGACUGCAUCAUGAUCUUCAGCUCUAUACAUGAAUGCUUGUGGUUGUUCUUGUUUUGAUGUGUAAAUGCAUGGUUAUUUAUUUAUCUGUUUUAUUGAGAAAUGUUAUCAUAUAUAAUUAUGUACAUAUAUAUUGUACUUUGUAAGGCUUUUAUCCGCCGUUAUCUCUGAGCAAGUUAUAAACGAAUUCAACUGGGCUAGA